AUGGGCAGACACGCUCUGGGCAACAAGGAAUCUCCUCCAAUGGUGCAUCUUCUGAUGCUGGACUUGCAGAAAACUUGGUUCAAGAACCAGAUCCAGAACGGAUGUGCUGGUGUGACCACCCAGGACAUCUGCAGCUCCCCAGGGGAUGGUCACCUCCCAGCUCCUGAGCUCUCCCUGAGCUCCUCCAAGCCUGAGGAGGGGGGAUCCGUUGUGCUUCACUGCCUCAUUGUUGGGCAAUUCCCUGCCACACGAGUUGUCCUCUGCAAGGACGAGGUGGAGCAGCAGAGCCUGAAAGCCACAAAGGGGCAGCAGAACCUCUUUGUCCUGCAAAAUGUCACCGUGGGGAGCACGGGGCUGUACAGAUGUGGGUACCAGCACAAGGACGACAGGAACUGGGCAGAGGUUCCAGCUCCCAGGCAGGGCCACCAACCUCAGCUCCUCCUCCCCAACCCUUCCCCAGAGGCAUCGUGCUGGGAGUGGUGGUCGCCUCCCUGCUCCUCCUGGCUGCAGGCAGCUCCUGCGCCGUCAGGAAAGGACUCUGUGGAGACAGAUGCCAGAGGCAGCACCAGGUUCCCAGUCAAGAGGCACAAGCGACGGAAUCCGAUGAGCUCCAGUACUCCACCCUCAGGCAUGUUGGACGGACCAGGGAUGACGUUUCUCCAACAAGAAGAUGGUUUUUUUACCCCCAAAACCUGUUAUUUUCUCUCCAUCCUCUGCCAAAACCCUGGGGUGCCAGAGGUGACCCCCAGUGCCACGUACGCCACCAUCAGCCCUCGUGGGAGCUCCAGGCCACGGGGACAGUCACCCCCCUUGGCACCUGCACCGAGUGGGGAUGUCCAUGGGAGCACCCAGAGCAACCACAUCUCCAUCCCAGGGUGGAAAGUGUGA